AUGAAUUGGAUUCGGGGUGAUUCACUGGGCAGUGGAAACUUCGCCACCGUCGACUUAGCCAUACACACUAAACCCUCCGUUAACAUUCCGUCUCUUACCGCCGUCAAAACAUGCAAACUUUCCCAUUCGCUUUCUCUCCAAAACGAGAAAAAUAUAUUUGAGCGUUUAGGGUCAUGCCCACACAUUAUCCAAUACUUUGGUCAGGAUCAAACUGUUGAAAACGGGGAAGAGUAUUACAAUAUUUUUCUAGAAUAUGCAAACGGCGGAACUCUCAAUGACCAGCUCAAGAAUCACGAUGGGAAACUCCCGGAAAAACUUGUUCGACGUUACACAAGGUCCGUGGUUGAAGGUUUGAAGUAUAUUCACGAAAACGGUUUUGUUCAUUGCGACUUGAAACCACCAAACAUUCUCGUAUUCGAGAAUGGCAACGUAAAGAUAUCAGAUUUCGGUCUUGCAAAAGAGAUGGGAGUGGAAGAAGUUAAAAAGAUGCAAUGUAGAGGAACUCCAAUGUUUAUGUCACCAGAAUCAUUGAUGGACGGUGUGUAUAAUUCUCCGGUAGAUAUUUGGGCUCUCGGUUGCACCGUCGUGGAGAUUCUUACCGGAGAACCUGCGUGGAACAUAGAUUACGACGCAGACAUGUUGACGUUGUUGGUUCGAAUUGGGGUUCAAGAAGAAGUACCAUUAAUUCCAGAUGGAAUCUCAGAAGAAGCAAAGGAUUUUCUUGAAAAAUGUUUUGUUAGGGAUCCACUCAAAAGAUGGAGCGCUGAUAUGCUUUUGAAACACUCUUUUAUCUCGGAUGAUGAAACAAUUUCUUCGGUUAAGGAGUCGACAUUUUCAUCAGCUUCUCCAAUUACUCACUUUGAAUAUUCAAACUGGAGUUCUUCUACUACUGUUACAACGUUGCUUUACAGUUCAACGGAAGAUGAAAGUGAGUAUUGGUUUUUAUCACAAGAAAAGAGUAGUCGACAACUAGCUCAUGAUGCGAAGCUACUAGAUUGUUCGCCAGAACAUAGGCUUCUACUACUAGUCCUCAUUGCUGAGAAAUCGUUAGAUUUGUUAGAAUCUGAUGAUUGGUGUUAUUUAUCACAAGAAAAUAUUCUUAGACAACUAGUCACCACUGCUGAGAAAUCCUUAGCUUUGUUAGAAUCUGAUGAUUGGUGUUAUUUAUCACAAGAAAAGAGUCUUACACCAUUAGUUCUCACCGCUGAGAAAUCGUUAGAUUUUUUAAAAUAUGAUGAUUGGUGUUAUUUAUCACAAAGUUUUAUUAGAAUAUAA